CAGCCAAGGCUGAAGUUCAAGGCCCUGUCUUCCCGGUGGAACUGACAUUUGUGGCAAGUUCAGCUCAGGAGCAAGACGUUGUCGUCACAGGUUGGCGCUCUGUGGCCCGCCUGGCCACUUCCAGUCAACAUGGUGGACACAGAGAGCUCCAUCUGUCCCCUCUCCCCCCUUGAGGCAGACGACCUGGAGAGUCCCUUAUCGGAAGAAUUCUUACAAGAAAUGGGAAACAUUCAAGAGAUUUCUCAGUCCCUUGGGGAGGAGAGCUCCGGAAGCUUUAGUUUCACGGACUACCAGUAUGUAGGAAGCUGUCCAGGCUCUGAGGGCUCUGUCAUCACAGACACCCUCUCUCCAGCUUCCAGCCCCUCCUCAGUCAGCUGCCCUGUGGUCCCUGCCAGCACAGAGGAGUCCUCUGGCAGUGCACUGAGCAUCGAGUGUCGAAUAUGUGGGGACAAGGCCUCAGGCUACCACUACGGAGUCCACGCGUGUGAAGGCUGCAAGGGCUUCUUUCGGCGAACUAUUCGGCUGAAGCUGGUGUAUGACAAAUGUGAUCGGAGCUGCAAGAUUCAGAAAAAGAACAGGAACAAGUGCCAGUACUGCCGCUUCCACAAGUGCCUGUCCGUGGGGAUGUCACACAAUGCAAUUCGCUUUGGAAGAAUGCCACGAUCUGAGAAAGCAAAACUGAAAGCAGAAAUUCUCACGUGUGAACACGAUCUGGAAGAUUCGGAGACUGCAGACCUCAAAUCUCUGGCCAAGAGAAUCCACGAGGCCUACCUGAAGAACUUCAACAUGAACAAGGUCAAAGCCCAGGUCAUCCUCGCGGGAAAGACCAGCAAUAACCCGCCUUUCGUCAUACAUGACAUGGAGACCUUGUGUAUGGCUGAGAAGACACUUGUGGCCAAGAUGGUGGCCAAUGGCAUCCAAAACAAGGAGGUGGGAGUCCGAAUCUUCCACUGCUGCCAGUGCAUGUCCGUGGAGACUGUCACCGAGCUCACAGAAUUCGCCAAGGCCAUCCCAGGCUUCGCGAACUUGGACUUGAAUGACCAAGUUACCUUGCUAAAGUAUGGUGUGUACGAAGCCAUAUUCACAAUGCUGUCCUCCCUGAUGAACAAAGAUGGGAUGCUGGUAGCCUACGGCAACGGCUUCAUCACGCGAGAGUUCCUCAAGAACCUGAGGAAACCAUUCUGUGACAUCCUGGAACCCAAGUUUGAUUUUGCGAUGAAGUUCAACGCCCUAGAACUGGAUGAUAGUGACAUUUCCCUUUUUGUGGCUGCUAUAAUUUGCUGUGGAGAUCGGCCUGGCCUUCUAAACAUAGGAUACAUUGAGAAGAUGCAGGAGGGGAUCGUGCACGUGCUCAAGCUCCACCUGCAGAGCAACCAUCCGGAUGAUACCUUUCUCUUCCCAAAACUUCUUCAAAAAAUGGUGGACCUUCGGCAGCUGGUCACAGAGCAUGCGCAGCUCGUGCAGGUCAUCAAGAAGACCGAGUCUGAUGCAGCAUUGCACCCGCUACUGCAGGAGAUCUACAGGGACAUGUACUGAUUUUUCUUGAGAUGACCGUCCAGGGACCUCUGAGGUCUGCAGCCCCACACAGGAGAGCAGGGAUUUGCACAGAUGACCACCCUCCUACCCUUGGAGAUGAAGAGGGCUGAGCCUAGGUAAUGGAGGCUCUUCCCACAUCUUUCCUUUCUGAAUGGGCACUUCUAAGAAUGCCUACUACCCAAAUGCUGGUGAUCGGAGGCUAAUAGGAUUCAGACAAUCACGGAGAAUGGCAAUCCCCAGUCUGAUCUUAACUGGUCCAAUGUUAAUCAAUGCACCUCUCUACAUCACAUUUAUAAUUUGCCAUUAAUUAACGUGUAACCUCCCAAGUCCGAGUGUUCUUUUCUCUGCUUACCCGUCUUUCUGGCUGUGUGUGCCCUUGUAAAUCCCGAAAACUAAUCUGCACUUUUUAAUCUUUAAAACCUACAAGUCAAGAUGUGGCCCAAGGUUAGCCAUUCAAACAUGGCAAAAAAAAAAAAAAUGUUUACUGGGAAGGCUUCACUUCCGUUUCCUGGCUCUAAGAAAGAGAGCUGGCUUCUGAGAACUUUCAAGAAUGGUUAGAAUGCAGCCCCAUCAUUUUCUUUGUCGAUUCACUGUUUUGGAGGGUGUAACUAAUGUGUGUGGGGGAACAAAAGCAUUUCCAGGUUUUCGUAGAAGUUCCCAGAAAGCUACAAUCUCAAGAAGCCUCAGGAGGCUUGAAUAAUGUCUGAUACACAGAGACAGGAUGAGCCCUGAGUGACUAGUUCUGCAAUCCUGUUCAUGUUGAACCCGGAGCGUUUGGGCAUGACAGCAAUUCCAGAGAUGGAUUGACAGAUUGGUAAACGCUCUUCCAGGCCCCUCUGGCAGCUCCUUUAAUAUGACACUUUAUGGCUUUUUAAAAAAAAAAAAAAAAAAAAAACUCUUGGUGGGGAGAUACUACCUGGAGUAGAGAAGACAAAAGUGACUUUGCUACCCAGGCUGGGAGGAUCUGGUCACCCUGGAUCCUAUUUGUACCCAAUCAAAGAUCUCACAACACUUGAUUGGUUUGUUGUUGUUGUUUCAAAGAAUUAGAUGGUAAAGUCCCUUUUCCUCAGUCCCAUUGGGAAGGCAGUGCUGACUAUCUUCAAGAGAAACAUGCACAAAGAAUUCUCAGACCUCAUGGACCUGCCAGUACCUGCCCUCCAAGAGGGUGACUGCAUAUUUCAGAUCAGGUUGUAUCUUUUAUGCCCCUGCCCCAUCUUUAGAAAAUUUUGGCUCUUCCGACGUCAUCAUUAUUUGUUAUUAAAGAAUGAUCAAGAUGGAUACUGCCAAGGAGUUGAGGAUGUAGCUCACAGUUGGUAGAGGGCUUCCCCUAAUCCCUAGUGCUGCUUUAUGCCGGUCAUGGUGGUACAUGCUUCUAACCUCAGCAGACGUUCAAGGUCACCUUCGGAUACAUAAUUAAGUUUGAUGCCAGUCUGUGCUGCACGAGACCCUGUUUUGUUUUUAAAGAUUGAUGCUGAUAAAAUGUUCGAGAUCAGUAUUAUAAAAAACAGUAGGAAGAAAAAUAUGGCCAUGACAUUUCAAGGAGGAAAAAGGGAAAAUUAGGAUCAAGACAUGCUUUAAGAUUUGCACACUUAUGGUCUGGUGGUGGUGGUGGUGCACAUCUUUAAUCCCAGCACUAGGGAGGCAGAGGCAGGUGGACCUCUGUGGGUUUGGGGCCAGCCUGGUAGGGUCAGCUUGGUCUACCAAGCUAGUUCUGGGACAGCCAGGACUACACAAAGAAACCCUGUCUUGAAAAACAAAAACAAAAAACCACUAAGAUUUGCACACUUACUGGCUUCCUCCCUUCCUCCUCCUAUAAUGAGUCUGUCCCACCAGCCAGCUCCCAAAUAAUGACACAGAGACUUCUUAUUAAUUAUGAAAGCUCAACCUAUAGCUUAGACUUGCUCCUAACUAGUUCUUAUAACUUAAAUUAACCUAUUUAUAUUAACUAUGGUCUGUCACGUGGUGUUUCCUCUCUUCCACCUUGCACCUCCUGUGUCUUCUCCAUGUCUCCUGGAGUCUUCUGUGCGCUUAGAUUCCUCCCCCUCUUCCUUUCUCUCCCCGGAAAUCCCACCUAUACCUCCUGCCUAGCUAUUGGCCCUUCAGCUUUUUAUUACACCAGUCACAACAAUACAUCUUCACACAGUGAACAAAUAUCCCACAACAUCCCCCUCUCUCUGCCCAGGCUCUUUGAGAAUCAGAGGCAGAGCAAAUCAUUUCCAUAUAUGAUCCCAGUGAGGGUUGAGCUCCUUCAGGAAGAAGCCAGCCUUUGUGGCACAUGGCCUAUCCAGUCAUUGGCCCUUCCUGCAGGGCUAGAGCUGGUCCUAGGUUUAGAGGGUCAAAGGUUGGAUUCUAGUUCCAAAUCUCUUCUGUGCCCCUGUCCCCCACCAGGGUAGGCUCCUGUUCUUAUGGGCCUUAGGCAAAUGCUGCUCCAGUGUAGGUGACCUUGGAAAGUGAGUUUUGAGUCAUGGGUUUGUUUGUUUUUUCUAUUUGAACUUUUAUAAAACUUAUAAAAAGUAGUCCCUUGCUGUAUGCUUUCAGCAUGGACCACAGAGCUGAUUGACAAGUUCUGUGUCGGUUUGCAUCUUAGCUGAUGCUCAAUGGUAUUCAUGAAGAUUUGAUUCUCUUAGAGCACCAGUAAGUUAUCCUCAGUGAAGCCAGGAGGGACCACAGUGGCCUCGGCUUGAAAGUCACUGACUUUGUGCACUCUCAUUAAUGGGAAGGAUAUUCACGAUGUGGCCACCUAGUGCUAGGAUCUUUCAGGUCACUAGUCAGACUUAUCAAGGUGACAGUAACCCAAGACAUGCCAGGUCAAAUACCGUGGCACAUUUAGGAAUGAGAAAGUGAGCAGCUGUGGUCUGCAAGGUGUCAGUGGCAUCAGCCAACAGCCCAAUAAGAGAUGCCACCUUGGCUCCUGGAGCCCUAGAGCAGGGGUGUGGAGCCACUUCCCGUCACUGAUGGCAAGACUCCCCUGGUGCCAGACUCCUUGGAGACCGAUGGGGACCAAGUAGCCUUGCUGCCCAUCCUCCUCAACUACUGGUGUGUCCCGUCCUGCCUCACUGGCCAUGCGUUUUGAAUAUGUCUUGCUGAACUUCAGCUGAAAGUUCUUCUGUUGCCCGGAGAUUGACCAGCCUUUGGCCCGGGGCCUCCUACAGCCGGAAAGCCUACCACCUUCAGGGAAUCUCUCUUUAACCUGUGUGGCCUUUCAAGAGGAAUAUUCCACUGGGAAAAUGCAGCAGCUGCCUACAACUGCUCACCCAGCAUGCAGAGUAGGUCCCGGUGUCCCCCGCACAGCCUCUGGAGGGCUGAGAACAGGAACCUAAACCGACCUUUAAGUAGACACCACCAGCCCAAUGGCUGGAAGGCCAGCCUGGUUUCCUGGUAGCCCACCAGGCACCACUCUGUCUCCAGUUCACAUUUGUAUGACUGACACCCUUGAAGAGAGUAAGACAAGAAUUUUAGAGCAACGGCCUGAACUCAGAACAGAGAUGACCUUUGUCUUUCUCUGAAAACACAGCACACACUAAAAUCUGCAUCAGGACAGGUUUGGGUUUAAAGUUAAGUGGAUCAUGUUCCUCACUGAGCCUCCUCUGAGGAAUGUGUUGGCAUCUCUGGUUGUACGUCAGUGGAGUGGCCUUCGGGCCCAUCAGGAAAAGAUGUCUGGCCCCUUAUCAGGACAGAGUGUGAGAGGCUGCUGCCACCUGGCCUGUCACCAUCCUGGGACCCCGGGGACAUUUUCUCAGCAUCAGACCCCAACAGCUGUCUCAUCCGCUUCUCAGAAUCUCAUCUGAGACAUGAGAAACACUGCCCGUUGCUUAGCUCCCCCAAGAGAAUUCAUUUUGUCAGGGAGAAUGGUUGCAUAGUGAGGCACACCUUCUGGGGAGUCCUGUGCCAACCAGAACCGACCAAACUGCAUCCAUGGUCAGGGCCAUGUCUUGACCAAGCAGCUGACAGCACCCAACACCUUAGUGGCUGCCAGGUGCCAUUCUUGGCAAAAGGAAAUGAGAAAUAUCAAGUUUUAUGUCAUAGACAGUGACCAGGUUCCGUUUCAUAUUCUUUUUUAUUUAAGUUUGCCAGUUGGGGUCAAAUAGGAAAACCCUGGCGUUCUCUGUAGAGAGGAGAAAUAAUGAUCCCCUCUUCUCUUUCCCCUGUACCCAGCUUCCAGUUCAUUUAUUCAGUGAAACAUGCUUCAUCCCCAGGGCACAGGUCACCCUGACAGUGGUGAGGCCAUAGCAGAGGCAGGUGGGUCUCUGGGCUCCCUGGCCUGCAGGGGGGCACUUGGGCAUGUUUCCCUGGCCCCUGGGACUUGUCCAGUCACAUAGAGCCUGGAUUCGGGCCCUGAAGACCAGUGAGUUGCUGACCUAGUGAAGUUGUCACUGUGGGAAAAUUCACUUUAAAAAAAGGCACAGCCAGCUCUUUCGUCAGGCCUGAAACUAAGUGUACCUCACAACAGAUGAAUGCCAUUUGGCACCUUUCUAGGAAGAUGUCAGUAUUAUCCAUGUUACUUGUCACUGUGUUUUCUGCACUGAAUGAAAAAGACUUAUCUUCAUAGCUGUAUCUUAAAUACUGUGAUUUCUGUUUUUGUUUUUUAAACACUUUGAUACAAGUAGUUGACUAGCUUGUGAUCGUGUGUCUAAUCGCCAACACCUGGAAUCUUCUAAGUCAGGGUUUGGUGCGGUUUAUGUUCAAAGCCUGGCUCUUGAACCUGCUCGACACACCGCUGCCCAUGAGUGCACACCCCACACUGAGCUGUGCACCAUCUCUCCCCAAUGUGUGAAUCUGCUCCUUCAGUCAAUUCUUUUUUUUCUCUACCCUUGCAACAAGUGUAAAUCAAUCUGUUUGUAUCCAUCUCUGCCAGCCAGGCCUUUUUGAACCCUGGCUGGAAGUCACCAACCUUACACCAGUGUUUCUAUCUAGGCCACUGAGUAGGCUUGUCGGUUAAAAGCUGUCUGCUAUUCAGGGAAUUGUUACCUAUGAAUUACCAAAGAACUGUGGCAAUCUGAGCUGUUCCACUGCGUCCCCAUGUCAUUUCCAGUGUCCUGGCCACAUUUCUACACAGUGUGUCUUCGUAACACCCUCCAAGUUCCACAGUCCCAUCACACUAGAGCCCAAGGGGAGGGGUCUGAUGGACACACACAAGGACAUGAUCAUUUCCAAAGCAAGGUCUGAGCCUGGCUUUCUGCCACCUGCUCACGACUGUCCUUGGUGCCCGACCUGGGGGCUUGCAGGCCUUCACUUCUGUGAUAAGAACAGUUCUGAAUGGGGAUUAUUGAGCCGGUGCCAACGGCCUCACACACCUCCCAGCUGUUUGUGGAUACAGGGUUACCCAGGACAUCAGGAAUCCAGGGUGAACACAGAAGGGCAAAUAGAAUUUUCUAGUCAUAUGAACUGAUUGGUUCCAGGCAAUUAGAAAAUGGCUAUAACUUAACCUUAAUUAAAAAAAAAUACUGAGUCUUCUUCAUUUUCUCCAUAGGAGAUUGAACUGACUAUAUGCAUUGAUUUAUAUCCUGAAUUUAUGGGAACCUGUAUGUUUGGAAUGUCCUACUGUAAGACUGAUGAAUGUAAAGAGUUAAUUUCAGGGUACAGUUUUGCCUUAAUGGUUUUAAAAAAAAUAAACUAUUUUUAAAAAUUA